AUGAUUUCCACAAAGGACAAGUCAAAAGCCCCCAAAGACAGCAUGACGCUCCUUCCCUGUUUCUACUUUGUGGAGUUGCCCAUUGUGGCCUCCUCCAUUGUGACUCUGUAUUUCUUGGAACUGACGGACCUCUUCAAGCCUGCCAAAGUGGGUUUCCAGUGCUAUGACCGAGCGCUCUCCAUGCCCUAUGUGGAAACGAAUGAGGAGAUGAUUCCCUUGCUCAUGCUGCUCAGCCUGGCAUUUGCAGCUCCUGCAGCAUCCAUCAUGGUCGGGGAAGGUCUCGUGUACUGCCUCCAGUCCAAGCUGAAAGGGCGCACUGGUUCUGAAGGAAGCAUCAACGCUGGCGGGUGCAAUUUCAACUCCUUCCUGCGCAGGACAGUCAGGUUUGUGGGUGUCCAUGUUUUUGGCCUCUGCGCCACAGCCCUGGUGACUGACGUGAUCCAGCUGGCCACGGGCUACCAUGCUCCCUUUUUUUUGACUGUUUGUAAACCCAAUUACACUCUCCUGGGAAUCUCCUGUGACUCCAACCCGUACAUCACUCAGGAUAUUUGCUCAGGCCAAGAUCAGCACGCCAUCCUUUCUGCCAGGAAAACAUUCCCCUCCCAGCAUGCCACAUUGUCUGCUUUCGCUGCUGUCUAUGUUUCGAUGUAUUUCAACUCCAUCAUCUCCGACAGCACCAAGCUCCUCAAGCCGAUCCUGGUGUUCACCUUUGCCAUCGCAGCAGGCAUCUGUGGCUUGACACAAAUCACUCAGUACCGCAGUCAUCCCAUUGACGUUUACGUGGGGUUCCUGAUAGGCUCUGGUAUUGCGGCCUACCUGGCGUACCAUGCUGUGGGCAACUUUCGAGCCCCAACAGAGAAGGCCCCCUCCAACCCCCCAGCCAAAGAUGCCCUGCGAGCCCUCACCCAGCGUGGUCAUGAUUCUGUUUACCAUCAGAACAAGUCCGUCAGCACUGAUGAACUCAACCCCCAGACCCGGUUGGAGGGCAUGAACCGGCAGGUACAGAGAGAGAAAAACUCAUUAGGUAGUUUGAAACGGGCUAGCGUUGAUGUGGAUCUCUUGGCCCCGCGUAGCCCGAUGGGCAAGGAGAAUAUGGUCACUUUCAGUAAUACCUUGCCGCGAGUCAACACCCCCUCCAUGGAUGACCCCUCUCGUCGCCACAUGACCAUUCACGUUCCCGUAGACGCCUCUCGUUCAAAACAGCUGAUCACCGAAUGGAAGCAGAAAUCAGUAGAAGGGCGUGGCAUGACGCUGGCAGAGGAAGUGGCCAGGCGAGCUGGCUCAGACUCCUUGGCUGGUGAAGAGGAGGACCAUAUUCCCCCAUCCUUGUACCCAACAGUCCAGGCCCGGACGGCUGAACGAGCUUCCAUGGGCCCGCGAGUUCUCAUCCAGCCGAGGCCCGGGGCUUCCCAACUGGUACACAUCCCAGAGGAGAGCCAAGCCAACACUAGUGCCAACAUUUCUCCCAAAAGCAGCUCAGCUGUGAGGGCAAAAUGGAUGAUGAUGGCAGAAAAAGGGUCCACACAGCGGGUGGCCAAUCCACCUCGUCUUAUGCAGGUCAUUGCCAUGUCAAAACAACAGGGGAUGGUGUCAGUCACACCAAAGCAUUCAGAGACCUCCUCCUCUUCAACCAGCUCUGAUUCUUCCCAGUACCGCUCUCCAUCAGAAAGAGAUAGCUCCAGUGUUGUCACCAUUGACGCCCAUGCCCCUCAUCAUCCUGUGGUUCAUUUAUCUUCCGGGAAUGGGCCUUGGGAAUGGAAAGCUACCCAGAAAGUCCCUGAUAUCCAAGACACUUAUGAGCUCAAUGAGAUGAGCAAGGAUUAUCGUGGCUUCCGCCCUGCCAAGAGUGCUGGCGUCUCUCCUGGCUCUUCCGUCAGUGAUAUAGAACAGGACGAGCCACGGUACGGCAGUGUGGCCACCAUCAACAUUGCAUCCGGAAUGGGAGGAAGUGCUCCUAUAGUGUCAGCAGAGGCCAUCCCUGCAGAAAAUAUGAUGGGUGCUGCCAGCCGGGAAUCAACGCUACGGAGGAAGCCGGCCACUUUGACAGUGGGAGAGAAGGAAGGGCAAACAGAGGAAACUGAAAAUUACUACAAGAAAAUUCAAGCCAAUCGAAGAUUUAAGGAGUAA